AUGUUAAGAGUUUUAGAACCUGGAGCUUUCAACGGUCUGAAAAUCAAGUCACUUUCUAUAAACAAUGCCAAUAUUGAACGUUUAGACGCAAGAACAUUUGCAGGAUUAAAUCUUGAAAAUCUUGAUUUAGCAUCAAAUGGAAUAAAAGCUAUUGCCGACCUAACGUUUACUGAAUUGAUUUGUUCAAAGUAUAUUGAGGUAGACGAAUACUGGAGGAACAGUGCUUGGUGUCAUUUUGCCGGAGUUAUAGCAACAAUAUCAUCAGAAGCGAGCGUACUUUUCAUGUGCCUAAUAACAAUAGAUAGAGUUCUUGUUAUAAAAUUUCCCUUUGGACAGUACCGUUUCUCAACGUUAACAUCUACAGCAUCUGCAGCAGUCGCAUGGUUUUUAGCUGUUCUUAUUGCGCUUGUUCCUGUCUUACAUACCGACCAUUUCCAUAAUAAGUUCUACAGCAAAUCUGGCGUAUGUCUUGCAUUGCCGCUUACACGAGACAGACCACCUGGAUGGCUUUAUUCCGUUAUCAUUUUCAUUGGAUUCAAUAUGAUCACCUUUACACUUAUCUCCGCGGGUCAGCUGCUUAUCUACGCAGAGGUUCGCAAACAUAAUAUGUCAAAGAAACGUUUAAACAUGACCCGCAACAACGAGUUAACGGUGGCAAGAAAUCUUCUUCUGAUUGUUGGGACAGACUUUAUUUGUUGGUUUCCUAUUGGAUUAAUGGGUUUGCUGGCUUUAUCAGGGCACGUUAUUCCCGGAGAGAUGUAUGCUUGGACAGCGGUUCUUAUCCUGCCAAUUAACUCGGCGUUGAAUCCGUUCAUGUACACAUUCUCUGCUAUUAUCUCUGCAAAGAACAUUGCCUACUCAGCGACUGUUUCCUAUGAGGCGGAAGAUUGCGGAAAAGUAAUUAUGGACGUUCUGCCUUACUUUAUACAGAAGAUUCUCCGUUCUAGUAGAGCCUACAUCCUGGAGGAGGUUUUGCAAAAGAAAUCUUUCUCAGCCUUUGAAAUCGCAUACAUUAUCCAUAAUGUUACCAGUUACACAAAUAUAGUUCAUGAGAACGGACUUGUUUUCGACGGGCAAAUCACUGCAGAAAACAUUGUUGUGCAGCUUAACUCCGAUUCAAAGAUAUCAAGUAAAGCUACGAUAAUGGGAAUACCAUCUAUAUCAACAAAAAGAGCCAAAAAAAUUGGACACGCCCACGACGAUAUCUAUGAUGUUGGCAAACUUAUUGAGAGGCUUCUGAAGAAUGUCGUUAAUUCGAGAACAGAAUGAUGCUUAUACUUUUGGGAAGCUUAUUUCACAUUUUGUUUACGUUUUGAAAAUGAAGUGUUAUUAAAACGUUUGUUAUCAUUUUGUUUCCAAUAUCUCUUAAAGCUGCAUUAAAUAAAUUUUACAAAAAAAAAAAUAGAAAUAGCUACAUUUCGUUAAUUAAACGUGUUUGAUAUCGACUUUCUUUCUUAUUUUGGUGUCCAGACAACCAAAAUGAGUUUUGUAAGCCUACAAUUCUGCAACCUCAUUGACUACAAUUUCUAUUUGCAAGAGAAACUCCGCCUUUGUGUCAUCUGUAUAUCAAUAAAAAUUGAACAUUUUUAAGUUGCAGUCCGAAUUUAACCGUAUAUUUCCGCAUUAUAUUACGGAUACUUUCAUACAAAAUCCUAUCUUUUUAUGAGUAGAGAUUACUUUUUUUGCUAAUGCACCGCGAAACUAAAACAGUAAAUGUUUGUUUGCACAAGAAAAGCUCAUCUUUGCUGUGAUCCACAUAGUAACAAUUGAUUUUAUCACUGAGACGUAGCGCAUACACGUGCUAAUUAUAAGUCUUCAUUUGCAUGUAAAUAUUUGCCUACAAAAUUUAGUGAUACCGCGGGGUUUUCUUUUUAAAAUCAUAACUAAUGAACAAUAUUAAAUGAGAUGUACAACAAUGCUGUUAAAAACGUGAACAAAACUAUAGAAUGUUUGGUUUUUAAGCCGGCGGAAAAAUAUGUUUGCGUAUUUAUCUAAUGCAGCUUUAAAGCGAACGUAGAUCAAAUUUUACUACCUGUUUACAUGUUCACUUUAUUUUGUCAAGAUUAGAUAUUGUUCUUGCGGUUAUAUAGCUUGUUUAUCGAAUGAAAUGAUAAAUACAUGGUAUGAGGCUUACUGACAGUUUGCUGAUGAAUGUCCAUGUGUUGAAAAUGAUAUGAUUUUCAUUCGAAAACUGCAUACAUUUUGUCUCUUGAAGCAAACGAGGAUUUUCUAUCAAACUGCAUUGUACAUUGUGACGUCAUUGGCUACAAUUCGGUAUUGUUCUUGUGCCUAAGUACUUAGUGUUAUAAAAUGAGUAUAAUUAUAUACCCAUGCAUUCAACGCAGAUGAAUGUGAAAAAAUGUGUUGUUAUAUAGUAAAUGUGUAACAGUAUUGUGUAUGAGUGUUUAUUCACAAUUAUGACAAUUUGUUUAUUAUGCUUUGAUUAUUAUGAGUAUAUGAUAGGAACAAGGCCUCGUGUUCACAAAGAAACAAACAAGAUAGAAAGUGCGAGAUUUUGUUUUGCCAUAUAAAAACUUGUUUUGAUUACAGUAGACAGAUUUACUUUGGUACAGAUUCAAAUUGAUAAAGUAUGCUGAAUUGCAUUAAACUUACUCAAAUUCUGUGUAAUGAAAUACAAUUUAAUAGUUGAAUUAUCAAAGUAAGUUUCAUUCUUUUGGGUCAACUUUUCAACAAAAAUGAAUAAUAGUAAAUAAAUAAAAAGUAAAAUAGAAAUAAAUAUUGUUAAAAAAAUAUCUAAGAAACGUUUCUUAAAAAAACAUCAUCUUGUGUUAUUUCAAUCUCUUAAUUGGUAAAAAUGCAAAAAAAUGAAAUUUUUAAAAACGCAUUUUCAUUCAU